ACUGUAAUUCACUUUAGUCUUUAGAGUCUUGAGCUCUGCGCCCACAAUUCAUUCAUAUAUUCUGCAUAUCCAUACAGUCUGUCUCAGUCUCUCAGAUCCACUACUACUAUAAUCAAUGGCUUCAUUCACAGCUUCUUCCAUCUCCUUCACUCCUCUCUCAUCCUCUCUCAACCUAAACAAGGGACUUGCUAAGAGCUCGGUUUCGCUCUCCAUCAAUGGGAUAUCUUUCCCUUCACAUGGGUUGAAGUCAGUCUCGCGUCGCUUCAGUGUGUCAUGCGCUGCCAAGCCUGAGACAGUCGAUAAGGUAUGUGAGAUUGUGAGGAAGCAACUGGCAAUACAACCUGAUGUUGCAGUCAGCGGGGACUCAAAGUUUGCUGCCCUUGGAGCUGAUUCUCUUGACACAGUUGAAAUUGUGAUGGGACUCGAAGAGGAGUUUGGAAUCAGUGUGGAGGAAGAGAGUGCACAAACGAUUGCUACUGUGCAGGAUGCAGCAGAUUUGAUCGAGAAUCUUGUUGAGAAGAAGGGCAGUGCCUGAAGAAUCAGGGAAAAUUCUGCAGAAAUAGGUCUAUGAAAGAGAGUUAAUUUUCCUAGCAUGCGAAUUAGCUAUUAUAAGAUGAUCGUUACCGUUAAUCUUUAUUGUAAGUGACAAAGUACUUGGUGCCCUCACCUGUUUUGUUAUGUUAUGUUGCAUUUUCUGACUUCUA